AUGAGCAACCAAGGUCCAAAUCCAAUCAAGCCAACAAUCUCUGUCAAAUUGGUGUUGUUAGGAGAGGCAGCAGUUGGGAAAUCUUCCCUAGUCUUAAGAUUUGUCUCAAACGAUUUCCAAGAAAAUAAAGAACCAACAAUUGGUGCAGCAUUUUUAACACAACGUUGUAAAAUAAACGACCAAACUAUCAAAUUUGAAAUCUGGGAUACUGCAGGUCAAGAAAGAUUUGCUUCAUUAGCUCCAAUGUACUAUAGAAAUGCUCAAAGUGCUUUGGUAGUUUACGAUAUAACUAAACCACAAAGCUUUAUAAAGGCAAGACAUUGGGUAAAGGAAUUACACGAACAAGCUUCAAAAACUAUCAUAAUUGCAUUGGUUGCAAAUAAAUACGAUUUAUGUGAAAGAGAUAAUUUAAACGACGAAAACGAUCCUAAAAAUAAAAGAAAAGUGUCUAUUGAAGAAGGUAAAUUAUUAGCUGAAGAAGAAAACUUAUUGUUCUUUGAGACAAGUGCAAAAUCUGGUUAUAAUGUUAACGACGUGUUUUUAGCAAUUGGUAAAAAAAUCCCAGACCAAUUAUUAAAAAAUAAUCAAAAUAAUUUACUCACUCAAAACGAAAAUGAAAGAAUUAAUUUGAAUUCAAAUGCCAAUUCUGAUGCUGCUAAUGGAUGUGCGUGCUGA